AUGAGCCAUCCUCUGAAUCGACUGCUAAAGACCUCAACCUCCAGUCACCAAGAUACCCCCUUCAGCGAGGCCAACCUCUCCGCAAACCGCACCCGCGCCGCCCUGCCGCUCCCCGUCCCGGCCCUCGCACUCGACUUCCGCAUCGUCGUCGACCUCAACCCCCUGAUCCCCGUCGGCGUCGGCCCCUUUGGCCAGCGGAACUGGAUCUCCUUCUCCGGCGGCGUCUUCACGGCCCGCUGGGCCACGGGCACCGUCGUCCCCGGGGGCCAGGACAGCCAGGUCGUCGUGGCCGAGUCCCUGAGCACCGCCGUCGAGACGUCCUACCUGCUGAGGACGGACGACGAGGUCCCCGCGUACAUCACCGUGCGCACGACGGGCUGGCGGACGGGGCCGAGGGAGGUCAUGGAGCGUCUGUUCGACCCCGCGCGGGCCGGCGACGUCAAGCCGGACGAGUACAGCUUCCGGCUGCACGUCAAGAUGGAGACCGGGGACGAGAGGUACAAGGACGCCGUGAACACGGCCAUGUGGGUUGGUAGCGGCGCCAGGCUCGGGGCGACGGUCGUUUACGAUGCCUACCGGGUGGUGUGA